UUAUUUUAUGUAUUUGAAAAUAAAAUAAAAUAAAAACAAUAGUGAAAGCUCCUCUCGUCAAACUCAAAGGAAUCAAAUAACGACUACAAACUCCUUCACCUGCUCCCUCUUGAUUCCGCCAUUUCCAUUUCCAGCUGAGCUUCUAAUUUCUUGAAACAGUUACAGAUCUAUAUCUAGCCGUUGAUCAUCAACAACUAAAACUGAGCGAACCUCAAGCAAUACAUAUAUAUAUAAGAAUGGUGACUAAAGAGAAGGACGAAGAACUGGCGCUGUUUCUUGAGAUGAGGAGACGAGAGAAAGAUAAACUAGCUAAUAAUAAUCUUCUUCUCCAUCUUGAUCCUCCAUUACUAGGAAGUAAUAAUAAGAAUAAUAGUGCGGUACUGAGUUCAUCUGUUUCUAAACUAGUUUCCUCUGUUCCGGUUCGGAGAACGGCUGCUGAUAAAUUUUUGGAUUCGGAGAAUGAAAAAUCUGAUUAUGAUUGGCUUCUUACACCUCCCGGGACUCCACUUUUCCCUUCUUGGGGUAUGGACUCGCAGAAAAAUGCAGUGAAUCAGAAUCGGACCUCUAAUACUUGCGUCACUGCUCUGAAGUCAAGGCUGACAAAUAUUCAGGAAGAACCUACUUCAAGAACUAAUGUAGCUUCAAAGCGCACAACUUUGCCGUCUCAAACAAACUCUUCGCAUACCAAUAACAGAAGGCCCUCAUCAUCUGGGGGACCAACAUCUGCUACCAGAGCUGCAACACCAACUGGAAGGUCAACAUUGCCUGCCACUAUAAAACCUUCAAGAGCUUCAACUCCUACUUCAAGGGCCACCAUGCCUUCAUCAAAGCCUACGGGCCCUGCAUUACGAUCUUCAACUCCUACUAGAACCUUUCCACGCUCUUCAACACCAACUACAAGAAGCUCGGUACCAGCUUCCAAGUCAAAUUCCAGGUCAGCAACUCCAACUCGCCCAAUGUCAACCCCUUCAAGUGCACCAAGUGCAGCUGCUCCUGGUGUUCGGUCUUCUAUAAUGGUCAAGUCUGUUUCCACAACAUUGAAAAAUCCAGUGCCAUCGCGUGGCAGUUCACCUACUGUAAAGUCUAGGCCUUGGAAGCCUAAUGAAAUGCCAGGUUUCUCUCUUGAUGCACCACCAAAUUUAAGAACAUCAUUGCCAGAAAGACCAGCUUCAGCCUCAAGGGGUAGGCCAGCUGGUGAGGGUACCCGAUCAGCUUCUACCGAGGCUGGUUCUAAAACAAGACCAAGACAACAAUCCUGCUCUCCUGCAAGAGGAAGGUCUUUAACCGGUAGUGGAAAUGGUAGCCGUAUCUCCAAUCCUGCUAAGAGUAGAGCAUCAAACAAUGGCAGUGAUGAUGUGAACCCAGUAAUGAUGGGCACGAAAAUGGUCGAAAGAGUAGUAAAUAUGAGGAAGCUUGCACCAUCAAAACUAGAUGAUUAUCACUCUACACAUAAUAAUUCAGCCGGAAAGACAUCCUGCCUUGAUAGCUCAGGCUUUGGUAGAACACUCUCAAAGAAAUCCCUGGACAUGGCUAUGAGGCAUAUGGUUAUCAGGCGAAGCAUUUCAGGUGAUCUGCGCCCGCUGACCAGCAUUCCGGCUUCCUCUGUAUACAGCGUAAGGUCAGGAGGAUCUACAAAAAGCAAGACAAAUAGUGUCUUGGAUUCUCCUCUAGCCACAAGCAGCAACACUAGCUCCGAGCCAAGUGUGAACAAUAGUUUCAUUUUAGCUGAUGGGAUAGAUAUGGAAAUUAACGACUUCGGCAGUGAGAGAGGAAACUGGUCUCCUACUAGUCAGUCAGGUAAGUGAUCGGGAUGAAAUUAUUACUGCACCCUUAAAUCUGUCCACACUGUGUCUAAAUGCGGAAGCUGAUUCCGCUCAGUAUUUAAAAGGAAUUGAUAGCAGAUAUGCAAUUUGCAUUUCUUUGAAGUUUGCCUCAAAGAAUGAAGGUGCAUAUUGCAUAUAUAUUUCCAAGAUCCUUUUAAUUAUUGGUGUAAUAUUAUAUGAGCCGCCUUUUGUAGGUCAUCCAUUUGAACUGUUCUGCUGUAAUAGGGAACAUUUUUUGUAUUGUACUACUAGAAGCUGUUCUGAAGAGCUCCUUCAGCUUAUGCAUUUGUCUGCAAAUUCAA